AUCACAGGUGGUUUAAUUAGGUGUUGGUCUUUUCCGUGUCAUAUGCUCGUAGCUCCCCACGCACAUUUUCCACACGGAAGGCCGCAGUCCUUUCCACCGCCAUGGCUUCAGUUCGUGUUGCUGUUCGAGUUCGUCCCCUUAACAAAAGAGAACAGCAAAUGGCAUCCAAGGAGGUGACCCAUUUGGAUGGAAACACUAUAUUCUUGUAUAAGCCGUCAUGUGUUCAAGAGAAGAAGAACACAAAGAUCUUUUCUUAUGACUUCUCAUAUGAUUCAACUGACAGAGGAAGAGCCUCAUAUGCAUCACAGGAGAUGAUUUUCAAUGAUUUGGGGCGUGAUGUCUUGAAAUCUGCUUUUGAGGGAUUCAAUGCCUGUGUGUUUGCCUAUGGACAAACGGGAUCGGGGAAAUCCUACACAAUGAUGGGUCAUACUGAGGAAAAAGGUUUAAUCCCAAGAAUCUGUGAAGGCUUGUUUUCCAACAUAUCGGAAAGAAGCUCGGUCGACUGUAAUGUGUCAUUUCGCACAGAAGUCAGCUUUAUGGAGAUCUACAAUGAACGUGUACGUGAUCUUCUCCAAAAGGAGGGUGGUGGAUUAAGAGUACGCGAACACCCAAGGGAUGGGCCAUACGUGGAGAAUCUAUCCAAGCACGUGGUACACAGCUACAGGAACAUGGAAGAGUUGAUUGUUGCUGGGAACACCAAACGCAUCACCGCCAGCACAGGAAUGAAUGACUGCAGUAGCCGCUCGCAUGCCAUCUUCACCAUCAGCUUCACUCAGGCAUGGUUUGAUGCCGAGUUGCCGCGCGAAAUGCUGAGCAAGAUCCACCUGGUCGACCUGGCUGGCAGCGAAAGGGCGAACGCCACACGCACUUCUGGCAUCAGGCUGAAGGAGGGCGGCAACAUUAACAAAUCCCUCGUCACCCUCGGCACUGUCAUCUCUGCUUUGGCUGACCUCAGUGUGGGCGGACUAACAACCAAAAAGAUGAAGAUCUUCAUCCCUUAUAGAGACUCUGUGCUAACAUGGCUGCUGAAAGACAGCCUGGGUGGAAACUCAAAGACCACCAUGAUUGCAACCAUAUCCCCCGCUGAUGUGCAUUAUGGGGAGACCCUAAGCACAUUGCGCUACGCUAGCCGUGCUCGAAACAUCGUGAACUCCCCGACAGUCAAUGAAGACAGCAGUGUGAAGUUGGUCAGGGAGCUGAAGGCAGAGGUUACCAGGCUUAAGAAUCUACUAGAAGAAACCAAACGGGUUUCUCACAGAGACCCGUCUUCCUCAUUGAAGGUAGAAGAGGAGCUGCGUCAGAAUGAAGCAAAGGUUUGUACACUAACCAAGGAGUGGACAUGCAAAUGGGAGGACAUGCGUGGUGUUCUGCAGGAGGAGGCGGUGGCUCUGAAGAAGGAAGGCAGUGCAGUGGUUUUGGACUGCCAGCUUCCCCAUCUGAUAGGCAUUGAUGAGGACUUGCUCAGCACUGGCAUCAGUCUCUAUUAUUUGAAAGAAGGCAAAACCCUGAUAAAACCUAACAAAGCAUCCUGCGGUGUGGAUAUUGCAGUUGGUGCGUCCGGGCUCGGCGGUGAGCACUAUGUGUUUGAGAACCACGCUGGGAUUGUGACUCUCAUCCCUCAGGAGGGUGCAGUGUGUUCCGUCAAUUGCGCUGUGGUAACUCAUCCCUGUCAGCUGACUCAGGGUGCCAUCAUACAGCUUGGGAGAAGAACCACAUUACGCUUUAACCACCCCGCUGAAGCUGCCCACCUCCGAGAGAAACAGCAGAUUGUGCAGAUGUCGAGAAUCACCUUGUCACCAAAAUUGGAAGCUCAAAAUCCCCCCAAGACGAUACGUGCCACCCCAAGGGUGAUUGAUGUACUUGCCUCAAGGAUAACGCAGUCAAAGCUGGUGACUCGCUCUUCUGACUUCAUAAUGACCGAAAUACCUGGAAAAUGUCCCGUCUCUCCGACUAGUUUGAAUUUGGAAGGAGACACACAAAGGAAUGGGGUAAGCACCAGGGGUGACCUGGAACAGGAGACAGUUCGGUGUCAUAAAUCACGGCCAGAGCUCACGUCUGAGCACCCUUUGAGGGAAGCGGAGAAUGUGGCUGAAGUAGCAUGUUGCACGACAAUGGAGGUGUGGUCAGGGGAUGCCAGCCUCCAGCAGACAAGUGUCCUGGGCCUAGGUGAUGGAUGUGUCAUGAAGCCGAAGGGGAAUGCUAAUGAGAUCCAAGGAGUUGUGGCUCAGUGCUACAAGGGAAGACCUGGCUCUGGUGGGAGCUCAUUAGGCAACGUGUCCCACCUUCAGCAUACAGGAGGAGAUAGCUCCAUGUCUUUCCCCCAACAGACCAGCACUCCUCAGCUCAAGGAACAUGCUCUCGGCAGUCAGGGAUCCCGCCCUCUAUACGAGGAAACUAUCUUAAAGGCACAACAGUGCUCUGGAGACUUGAUAGACUAUGGAUGUUUGGAGACCCAAGUCCGUGUGGGAGCUGCAGUUCAACAGUCACGACUGAGCGCCUUUGUCAACAGAGUGAGUUGGAUUGUCCAGGAUGCUCAGCAUUUCCUUUGGAAUAUGGUACUGCAUCCGUCUGGAAAAGAAAGACAAAAGCCUUUUAUGACCGACUGGUCCAAUUAUCUAAUUUCUCUCGUUAUGGAAUGCAAGGUCAUGUCUGUAAUUGACACCCAAGUCUUCUCAUUAGUUCGAGGGGGUUAUGUCUUGUCACAUUUUAAAGGUAGUCGCAUGUAUUCAAUGGUCAAAGAUCUACCACUGAUGAUCCAGAUGGAGAUAAUGGACCAUCUUUGGGCAAGUGAAGCUACUAGGAUUAUGCAGGACUACAAUCAUCAAUGCCCGGUCUUGUCCCAGACACAAAACAUGAAAUCCGAGUGCAUUCCAGAUAGCUGGCAAACAAAUAUGACACCUGAUCUGCAGUUACAAGAUCAAGAUAUAGAUAUUGAUUUAAUACAGGAAGGGAUAAGUACUGAGGGAUUAUCUGUGGAAAACAUAAUUAAUCAUGCACCCACAGAUGGGGAUCAGGUAUUCAAUAACUCUGCAUGCGGUCAAAAGUGUGAGGUCCAAAGGUUUUUUCUGAUGUUGAUAGAAUACCCGCUUCCUCUUGCUAAUCUACAAAACCUCUCAUUGAGAGAUCUUAAAACAUCCAUACAGUUAGUUCUACCAAGCACACUGAUGGAUAGUGAGAACAUUUUAGCUCUCUUUUGGCUCAAUGCAGCUAAAUGUAGCCAGCCUGAACCCCGUCCUGCUCUGCUGGUUCUCUUGGAGGCGGGACUUUAUACAUUGACUGCAGAAUCCGGGCAGCUGAUGUUGUUCCAUCAGCUCCCCAUCUUGCAGCUGAAGGAGUUGCACAUAAGCUUUGCAGGCCAUGGUUUGCGUUUGAUGGGUUCAACAGAGGAAAGCAUUUUGGGUGUGUACACGUACAGUCGGAAGCUUACUAAAGAGUUGUGCUCAGCCAUACUCGGGGUCAUAUAUCCUGAGGACAGCAGAGUCUCUCAACACCCACUGUUGAGUGAUGAGUGGGGGACACUCUCGGACAGAUUGUCGUUUGACUUACAGGCCAGUGUACCAGACCUUGUGUUGGAUGCUGGUGUCCGGGUCUGCUCCCAGUUUGAGAGGAGUCUUGCAGAUCUGGUUUAUCUUCUUCACUGCAACAUGGAAGAAGAAACUGUCAUUGCCCUUGGAGAGGUGCAGGUCUUACUAUACACAAGCGUAAAGAUCUGCAUUAGCUCUAUUAGUGACCUUGAAGGCAUGGCCCAGCUGAUACUUACUGAUACCCACCUCGGUCUGGUCGAGGAGGAUGUUGUCUUUCAUCCAACCCCACGCUCAGUUUCCAUCCGGGCCUGCCAUCCCCAGUUCCACAACUUGCGUCUUCGUCGGCGCUCAGACGUGCGCUGCAUGCUGGUACAUGAUGAAGACGAGUGCGGAGCUGUUAGACUGGAGCUAAUCCUUUCAAACGCGAGGACCAGAGGUCACCCUGAAAGUGUGGCUAAAGUAGCCAGUCUGCUUGCCCGUGCUUCUAAUUUAUCUCCACAAGCAGAGGUGUGGAAAUUAACUUUCGUUUGCUCCACUGAGGCUGCAUGCCUGAUUAAUCAUUUGUCAAAUGUCUGAUGAACAACGGACAGACCGUAAUGAGCUUGCUCAGCUUGAAGACAUACUGAGAAUUACCAACCAGGGCAAAAAAAAACACCUGUUACGAUGAAUACUAUGACCGAUUUUGAUGUUUGGGUCUUGUCUGCAUAAAAUUGAAAUUUUAUAUAACAUGACUUUAGCUUGUAGAAUGUUUUAUAUUUUUUCUUUAAUGUUUUUCAAUUUUAUUUUAACCACCACCACAAUGACCCCCAUGCUAUUUUACCAUAUUCCGCAAUGGUGGUCCAGUAGGAUCAUAAAAAGUCUGUGUGUAAAUUUAAUAUAUUACAAUAUUUGCUAUUUUUAUGGAUUUUAGUUAUCUUGAAUAAAUGUUGUGAUUUAACUUAUAUGUGCUUGUCAAGUUUUUUUAUAUUGAAUAUUUUAUGUAAACAGUUCUGUUGUUUCUGAGAGUGUGUAAAUAAAAGGAAGGU